AGAUGGCGUCGCAGCGACGCGAUGAGGUCAUAAAGAUGGCGGACGCCGGAGACACGUUUACUGAUUCUAGAUGUGCUUAGCAAUCGGAAGCCGCAAGACUUUCCUCCAGGGAUUCCUAGGCUUCAGGCGAAGAUAUCCUUUUUCAUCUUGUCUUUCGAAAUCACAGUGGCCUAGCUAGGGCCUGUGACCACGAACGGAGGCAAUGUCGCCGGUAGAUUACGUUACACACACAGGUUGCAGGCGCCGAGUUGGUUCCUAACGAGAACUGAAAAAAACGGUUGGUCCUAAGAAAAGGAGCCGCGAGACCCUCCAACUACGCGAGGAAAAUAAGUUUUGUGGCAAAGUUCUCGGUCCGGGCGACCCGCGACCGACCCCCAACCGUUCCUCCGCUCUCCGCGCCACGACCCUUCGAGUGCGCAAGCUCCUGUCAAACGCGGUGACGGAGGCCGAGAAGAAAAAAAAGGCGGGAGCCACCAAUCCCAGGUGGAGCAAAAUGGCGCGGGAGAACGAGAUGCAGGAGUUUAUCCGUAGCUUCUUCCGAGGCCGCCCGGACCUCAGCACGCUCACGCACUCCAUAGUGCGGCGGAGGUUCUUGGCUCACGCGGGCCGCGACCACCUGGAUCCCGACGAGAAGCAAGCACUGAAGCAGCUAGUGGAGAAAGAGCUGCUUAAAGUGCAGGUGGAUGAAACAGGUGCCAGGGAAGAGAGGCUAGAUCUUGCCAAGAAGGCAAAGAGGCCUCCCACCCCCAGCAGUGGCCCCGAAAGAAAAAGGUUCCGUUUCAACUCGGAGUCAGAGCCCAGCUCUGCAGCCUCCAGUCCAGACUGUUUUGACAUCUCAGCAAAGAAUGGGAUGGCAGCAGAAGUCAGUCCAGUGGAGGAGGAGAGUCCAAAGCGAGCCUCCAGGAAAGCAGCUGAGGAGAGCAGUGAUGAGGAAGAACAGCAGAGGGACCUGGCUGCAAAGACUGGAUUAGAGAAGGAGGUGGUGGAGAGCAGUGGGGAGGAGGAAGAGGGCUCUGCCAGAACAAGUAAGGUCUCAAAGGAGGAGAGCAGUGAGGAAGAGGAGGAGGAGGACGAGGAGGAGUCCAAAGGCAGGAUUAGGAAGAAACCGGUGACAAAGAAUAAGCAGGCAUCAGGCAAAACCUCAGCCAGUAGAAAGCAGGCCAGGGAUGAGAGUGAGGACAGUGAGGGGGAACCUGCCCAGAGGACAAGAAAAAAGGCAGAGGGAAAGAAAGGUGAGGAAGAGAGCAGUGAGGAAGGUGAGGAGGAAGAGAAGCCCAAAGGCAAGAUUAGGAAGAAACCUGUGACAAAGAAUAAACAGGCAUCAGGCAAAAGCUCGGCCAGUAGGAAGCAGGCCAGGGACGAGAGUGAGGACAGUGAGGAGGAACCUGCCCAGAGGACAAGAAAGAAGCCAGAGGGAAAGAAAGGUGCUAAAAGCCACCAGGGAAGUGAAAAGGACAGUGAGGAGGAUGACACCAUAGCCAAGAAGAAAGAGAACAGAGAGGAGGAAGAGGAGGAGAACUGGAAAGCUGGAGCCAGGGGCAGUGGAGGGAAAAAGUCCGCUUGGGAGGAGAGGAACUGUAAGCAGAAAAGCAGGGCAGCCAGACUGCUGGGAGACUCGGGGGCCGAGGAAGAAGAAAAGGAAAAGGCAGCAGCAGGCAGGGGGGAUAACAUCGGGGAAGAUGAGGAGCCCCUAGUGCAGAGGAAGGGCAAGGACAGGACCCCAUGGAAAGGUGGGAAAAGGCGGAGUGGAAGCGGCGAGGAUGCGGAGGACAGCUGGACAAAGGUGAAACCAACAGCUGAAGGUGCUGCAAAGACUGCCAAAGUGGGCAGUGUCAGCGGUGAGGAGAGUGACUCAGAGAGGGAAGUGAGUGACACUGAGGCAGGAGAUAGUCCUAAGGGGGAGAGGGGGCACCGCUCUUCCAAGAAAAGCUCCAGGAAAGGCCGGCCGCGCAGCUCCUCCUCCUCUUCCCCAGAUGGCAGUCCGCAAUCCAAAGGCAGGAAGGCUGGCUCUGGUCGCCGAAGUGAGGACCACCCAGCGGUGAUGAGGCUAAAACGCUAUAUUCGGGCCUGUGGUGCCCAUCGCAACUACAAGAAGCUUCUGGGCCCCUGCCGCUCACACAAGGAGCGCCUCAGUGUCCUCCGGGCAGAGCUGGAGUCCCUGGGCAUGAAGGGUAACCCUUCCUUAGAGAAGUGUCGGGCCCUGAAGGAGCAGCGGGAAGAGGCAGCCGAGGUGGCCUCCUUGGACAUUACCAACAUCAUCAGUGGUUCAGGUCGGCCACGCAGACGCACAGCUUGGAACCCUUCAGGAGCAGCAGACCCCCCAGGGGAGCUAUACCGCCGGACUUUGGGCUCAGAGGACGAACAGCCCCGGCCCCCACCCCCAGAUUGGUCACAUAUGCGUGGCAUCAUCAGCAGUGACGGGGAGAGUAACUGAGCUCUUCACCUUCCCCAGGAGGCUUUCCACUUGUAGAAAGCAGAUACGGUGCCCGCAGCCCCAUUCCAACUGUGCCUGCGGAGCAGAAGCAGCUUUCUUCUAGAGGCCGUGCGGCCUCCAGCGACAGUUGCUUGGGUCCUGUUUCUCAGCUUCAUGUUCUCAGUUAAGGUGUUUACAGGGGUUUGGUUUUUAAGACUCAAUAAAGGAGUUGUUUGAAUCA